CGAUCAUUUCCGGUAAGGAAGUUAUCCGAUCAAAACAAAUGUUAAGUCGCCGCUGAAAUAUUUCUGCAACUUUCAAUGAGUUUAAUUUUAUUUGAAUCGUAGAACUUUAGUAGUUACCUACCAGCAGCUUGUGUAUCCAUGGAGACGCCAGAGCCAGGCCCUGCAGAUGGAGAGGAGCGUCUGGUGGAGCUACGGCCUCGGACCCGCUCCAACCCCGAAGGUGCUGAAGACCGUCGGAGCAGCACAGGCAGCCUCGGUGGAAACAGCAACCCCAACAUAUCCCAGCCCGCUGUGGGAAGUCGAGUUGAAGGGGAGGGGGAAGCUUCAACCAGCGACAGUCCUCCGAGUUCCACCACCACUACCGUCUCAGCCGCUGCAGCUCAGACUGUAGCCCCUGCUGCUGUGGUGACAGCAGCGGCAGCAGCCGGUGCCACAGUGCCACUAUCCACUGCUGCAGUUGCAGCCAAAGAGAGGCCGAAGCCCACACAGCAGCAGCCCACACUGACAACGCCUGUGCCUCCACCAGCAGAGUACCAGCUCAGAGUUCCUCGUGUCAACUGUCCAGAGAAAGUGAUCAUCUGCUUAGACCUUUCUGAAGAGAUGUCUAUGUCAAAGUUGGAGUCUUUCAAUGGGUCUAAAACAAAUGCCCUGAAUAUAUGCCAGAAGAUGAUUGAGAUGUUUGUCCGAACGAAACACAGGAUUGACAAACGCCAUGAGUUUGCUCUGGUAGUGGUCAAUGAUGAUGCUCUGUGGUUAUCAGGCUUUACCUCUGAUCCCAGGGAGCUUUGCAGCUGUCUGUAUGACCUGGAGACCAACAUGUGCGACUCCUUCAACCUGGAAGAUCUUCUUAAUGUAAUUCGACAGAAGAUCGAGCUGCCAUUGAUGGAGAAUGUUCAAACCAUCCCUCCUCCGUAUGUGGUACGGACGGUGCUCAUCUACAGCCGUCACGCAGGACAGCUUCAGUUCAACCCUUCUGAGGCUGUGAGUAAAAUGCUGCAGUCACCAUAUUUCUUCUUUGAUGUGGUCUACCUACACAACGGGGCGGAGGAGCAGGGGGAUGAGACCAGCUGGAGGGACAACUACACCUCUUUCUGCAACCUGGACUCAAAGGGCAUGUGCUAUCGCUUUGAGGUUUCCCUGAGUGGACCUGCCAUUGAGCUGCACAACUGCAUGGCCAAACUUCUGGCUCACCCACUACAGAGACCUUUUCAGAGCCAUGCGUCUUACAGUCUGCUGGAGGGGGAAGACCCCCAGGACAUUGAGGCAACGGUCUAAAAUGACACACUCACAAAGCCCUGUUUCUGUGAAAUCACACUGUAGUUCAUCAGAAAAGUGUACACCUUGAUUACUAGGUUUUUUUCCCUUAACCGCCGUUGAGCAAUAAUUCUUUAUGGAAAAUUUAGCGAAACCAGACAUAUUUCUAAAAAAAAAAAAAAAACACAACCCUAAGUUGUCUGCAGGUUUCUAUUAAAUCAUUUAGUCUCCAUAGAAGAAUAAACUAGUCAUUGAUUGUUCCAUACUGGGGAGGACUGACUAACAACCAGAUAAUUUUACGAUCUGAUUGUUAGGCAGGAACCCCUAACCCUGCUGGAGGUCUCCACGGGAUAAGAUGACUGUCAGAGAAUCCAGGAACAGGAAGUCGAGGGACAUGAUAAUGGAAGAAUCUAAAAAAGGAUUACACAAUGGUUAAAGCAUCAGGCUAGUUAAACUAAUUCCCUCGUCAUCUGUUUGUUUCUUUCAAAUCUUAGACCACACUAAUCUGUCUGUUAGUCUUAAAGGGUAAAAAUCAGAACAAACCUGGGACAGUUUUCCAUAGUUGGCCUUCUGAAGCUUUGAUGUAAUGACCUUUAAUGUGACACAUCCUCUGUAACAUUGCCUUUCCUUUUAGUUGGUAUUUGUCACCUUUUGUUGCCUGUUUUUUUUAAAAAAUGUAUUUUCUAUUUUAUAAGGUUUGCAAUCAUUAGUCACUCUUGUAUGAUACACAGACAAUGAAAGAAUGUACAGUUAAUGUCUCCUUUGACAAUGAUCUCUGUGGCACUGAUGGAUCGAUUGAUUGUGAAAAAGGCCCCUCGUACUGCCAGCCCAGCUGCACUUGAAACACAUUGUACAGAUGAGCUUUUUGAAGCUGUUUCUGGAUAUUAAAAAAAGGCAUGUUUAAUCUUA